UUUGACUGUUGGCGAAGAAUUCGCUAAUUCGAAAGAAAUGAAUGGAAAUUUCAAGUUGUAUUGCCUGAAGAUCGAGCUUCAGUUUAUGUGUUAUCAAGCCUGAAGGAGAUUGAUAUCUGUUGAAGAAAUCUGAAGAAAAAGGACUCUUAAUUUUGUUUUGGUUUCUGUUUUUGUUUAUUUCAUCGUCUCGGAUCAAAGGCUGGGAGUGUUGGAAAGAGUGAAUGAACUGAGGGAAAGUCGAGGAAAUUUUGUUUUUCGAGCUUCUCGUGGAGGCAGUACUAUUGCUUAGUACUCGAACCUUCUCGGGAGGUUUGAGAUAUGGUGUUUCUUCCUUGGUUCGCUCUGCAAAUUCAUCAGAGCUAGCACUCGGAUUUCCAAGCAACUUUUCCCUAUUGCCUUCUGUCUGGUUGAGCUUGUUCAAGCUUGGCUGAGUUAACGAUAAAGUUAUCAAAACAUGAUGAGAUGGAACAGUCAAGCAAUGACCAGCUCCAAUGCACUUCCAUGCAAUAUGGAUUUGGGGAACUACAACCUGCAUCUAAAUCAUCCAUAGAGGACCCUAUGAGUAUUGUUAACAUGCAAAGUGAUGGAAGAUCCAUGGAUCUUAGGAUGUCAGAGGUUAAGCCUGUCCUUAAUUACUCCAUACAGACAGGCGAGGAGUUUGCUUUUGAGUUUAUGCGUGACCGAGCAAAUUCCCGAAAACCACUCAUUUCGGACUCAGUUAGUGACCCUAAUUGCACUUCAGGUUAUAUGGAUUUAAAAGGAAUUUUAGGCCUUAGUCGUACUGGGUCUGAAUGUGGAUCAGAUAAUUCAAUGAUUACUUCAAUGGAAAAAGGUACAAAAGAUUUUGAGCGAAAAAACUCUUCAUUACAUGGAGACAAAAAUAACCAUGGAACAGUUCAUCACAAAUCACGCGAGCCGUCAGGAUAUGAUAGUGGUCGGGGAAUUGGUCAUGGCUAUGCUUCUUCUGGAACUUCUGAUGGCUCGUUAGCAAAGAUGAAAGUCCUCUGCAGUUUUGGUGGGAAAAUUUUACCUCGUCCAAGUGAUAGUAAGUUGAGAUAUGUUGGGGGUGAAACACGCAUCAUUCGGAUAAAAAAGGACAUUACUUGGCAGGAGCUUAUGCAGAAAACAUCAUCAAUCUAUAAUGAAACAUAUGCAAUUAAAUAUCAGCUUCCUGGUGAGGACCUUGAUGCGUUGGUUUCAGUUUCUUGUGAUGAGGAUCUCCAGAAUAUGAUGGAGGAGUGUAAUGAGUUCAAAGAUGACAAAGGAUCCAAAAAACUUAGAAUUUUUCUGUUUUCAAUGAGUGAUUUGGAUAAAGGGAGUUUUUCUAUGGGUAAUGUGGAUAAUGACUCUGAGAUCCAGUAUGUUGUCGCAGUCAAUGGCAUGGACAGUGUUACUAGAAAAAGCUCAAACCUGCAUGGCUUAGCAAGUUUUUCUGCCAAUAACCUGGAUGAGGUAGAUGGACAAAGCAUUGAAAGGGGUACAGUUCUUAAGGAAUUGGCUGGUAUCAAUGCAUCGGCCUUAACUGGUAAUAUUGCCCCGUCAUCCUUGCAGUCUUCACAACCUGUUCGGGCAAAUGCCUAUAAUGCUUAUGAAACCUUCGUACAGACUUAUCAUGAACCUCAAGGACAAUAUCCAGAGAUACCAUCAACAAAGUUGAAAGGCAAGUUAAAUGAUUCGUUUGAGAAAGAGAUUCAUCCUAAAAGUGGCUGCUCCUCAAUUCCUUCUCAUUUGUUUGAUGAAAAAUCAACUCCAGUUUCCAUGGCGCAAGGUGAGUUUCCCUUCUUAACUCCCAAGAAUGAGUCAGACCUCCAGGGUUCGGAAGGACUUUCUUCAAUGUCUGUUUCUGGAAAUCCUAUAGUUUCUAGAUCAAGUGAUAUGGAUAACAUGAUUCAUAAAUUGCCAUCGAAUGCAUAUACUCAUGAUUAUAUGGACAGUGAAUCAAAGGUCGUUGAUUUGAGUCUCCUUGAGCCUCCAGCUGUUGUGCAAAGAGUCUAUCGCUCUGAGAGAAUUCCUAGGGGGCAGGAGGAGUUAAUGAAUCGCUUAUCUAAAUCUGAGGAUGCGCAUGGUUCCCAGUUUCUAAUCUCUCAUUCACAGUCUGAUCAGGACCAGAUACCAGAAUCCACUGUCCAACUGCAAGAUAGCAGCAAUUGCGAAGCUGAAAAUUCCCUUCCCAUGGAAAAACCAUCACAUACUGCUACUAAAGUCAGGGAUGAUGAGUGUUACCAAAUUCAAGAUGGCCAAGUAUCUUCUGUAAAGAAUCAUGAGGAUUCUGCAUUGGGUCUCUUGCAGCUUGACAUGGGUGAGGUUGUUGGAAUGGGGUGUAAAGACAAUAAAAUUCUUGAGCAAUCUCAGAUUGGUUCUAAGGAAGAAAGUUUAAUUAACAAUGUUACUGAAAAAGCAUCCACGGGUAAUGUUUCCAAACCGGUGCAAGGAGACAUUGUUAUAGAUAUUGUCAAUCGAUUUUCUCGUGAUUUCUUAUCCGAUAUAUUCUCCAAAGCAAUACCUUCUAAGGAUUCAUUUGAUAUUAGCAACCAACUGCACGAAGAUGGAACUGGUUUGGGUAUUAAUGUAGAAAAUCAUGAACGUAAGGGCUGGUCACAUUUCCAUAAUUUGGCACAAGAAACGUUUGUUCAAAAUGAUGUUUCUCUUAUUGACCAAGAUCACAUUGGGUUUUCAUCUGCUCCCAAGACUGUUGGAGACAAUCUUACUCCUUCAACAACUAUAAUUCAUGAAGAUUCUCAACUCAAUUUCGGUGAUGACCAGAAAGUGUUGUAUAGGAUAAGUGGACACGACACCACCAAUUUUCUUUCACGUUAUGAUCAUUCCCGACUGAAUGGCGUCGAUAGUUCGCAAUUUGACGCUAUGAUGGAAAACCUAAAGACGUUAGAGUAUGGGCAUGAGGAUGCUAAGGUAGAAUCUAAGGGCAGUGGCUUACCUCCUCAUGAUCCUUCUUUGGGAAAUUUUGAUCCUAAUACAUUACAGAUCAUAAAGAACAAUGAUCUUGAAGAGUUGAAGGAAUUGGGUUCUGGAACUUUCGGCACUGUCUAUCAUGGAAAGUGGAGAGGAACUGAUGUUGCAAUUAAGAGAAUAAAGAAAACUUGCUUUAUGGGUCGAUCGUCAGAGCUAGAGAGAUUGACUGUAGAGUUCUGGAGGGAAGCCGAUAUUCUUUCAAAACUUCACCAUCCCAACGUGGUUGCAUUUUAUGGUGUUGUGCAAGAUGGUCCUGGUGGAACAUUAGCUACUGUGACAGAAUACAUGGUUGAUGGUUCCCUUCGACAUGUUUUGCUUUCCAAGGAUAAGCAUCUUGAUCGACGUAAGAGGCUAAUAAUUGCAAUGGAUGCAGCAUUCGGAAUGGAAUAUUUACACUCAAAAAGUAUUGUCCAUUUUGAUUUGAAAUGUGAUAAUUUGCUUGUGAACUUGAAGGAUCCUCAAAGACCAAUUUGCAAGGUAGCUGAUUUUGGCCUGUCAAAGAUCAAGCGAAAUACCUUGGUGUCUGGUGGUGUAAGAGGAACCCUACCAUGGAUGGCACCUGAGCUACUAAAUGGUAGCAGCAAUAAAGUCUCUGAGAAGGUUGAUGUGUUCUCUUUCGGUAUUGUACUAUGGGAGAUUCUCACAGGAGAGGAACCAUAUGCCAACAUGCAUUAUGGGGCUAUCAUAGGGGGUAUUGUGAAUAACACAUUGAGACCAACCAUUCCAAGUUACUGUGAUUCUGAAUGGAGAAAGUUGAUGGAACAUUGCUGGGCGCCAAAUCCUUCAGAUAGGCCAUCCUUCACAGAAGUUGCAGGCCGUCUGCGUGUUAUGUCAACAGCUGCUGCUAGCCAAACAAAAGCACAAGGUCCCAAAAUACCAAGGUCGUAAUCAUCUUUCAAAUGGAUUGUUGAGUUACUCAUAUGCUUUCUUAUAUAUUUGUUCAUUCUAUUCUACAGUCUUGAAAAUUGUGUGUAUUUUUGUCAAUAGAAGGUAGAUAAGUGUUUUGGUGUGAAAUAUACCGUUGAACCUUAAAUAUAAUUCUUUAUUAUAGUUUAUGCAAAAAAACUGAUAAAAGCUA